CACUCAGCCGCAUCGCAAUCCAACGCAGCCAACAACACGCAACCGUCAGCGGCUGUCUGGAAUCGCGUACCCGGAAACCUCUCCCCCAUCCGGCUGGCGAAGGGGGAAUAUGUGGUGGAAUGGACUGCGGCGAAGAAAGUUGCGACGGUCGUAAUGUUGGCAUACACUACUUUCAAUGUGACGUUACGAGUAGUAUAUACUCGACUGCGGUGUCGGUUGUUUCGCCGAAGUUUUCAUGUUUCCACUGAGGUGGGCACGUUAGGAGUUUGUCGCUUUAUAUUCUUGGGUUUGCUGCCCAAUCCUCUGGGCCCCUUCUCCGAACUCCGCGGCAGCCGCCUGCCCAUCCUAACCGCAAUGACAGGCUUCACAAUCUUCCAAUUCGCCGUCGCAACCUCAAAGGACCUUCAAACCUUAAUGGGCUGCCGAUUUUUCGGCGCCUGCCCAAUCGCCGUCGUGGCCGCUGUCUUUAGCGAUAUCUUCGAAAACCGCACCCCCGGGCUCGCAAUAACCCUCUUCACAAUGGUGGUCUUCACCGGCCCGCUCAUCGCCUCCACAAUCGGCGGCUUCAUCGUGCAGAGUUUUCUCGGCUGGCACUGGACAAAAUACCUCUGGAAUAAUGGGGUCGUCAGCCCUGGUGUUGAAUAUGUUGUUUCUGCACGAGACAUAUCCCCCCCCCCCCCACGUCGUACUCAUCGACAAAGCAGCGGAACUCCGUUGCCGAACGAAGAAUUGGGGAGUCAUUUCAGCGAGCUAUCCUUGAAGAACUUCAGUCGGCCGGUUAGAAUCCUCUUCACAGAACUAAUCGUGCUAUCGCUAAGCGUCUACAUGGCUUUCCUAUACGGAUUAUUAUACCCCUUCCUAAUAGCCUACCAAAUCGUCUUCCAGCAAAUCCACGGCUUCGAAAAGGGCGUUUCUGGACUCCCGUGUCUGGGCACCGUGGUCGGCGAGUUCCUGGGACCCUCAUCAUCCUCAUGCAGCCAUGGUAUAAUUGGAAACUGGACGCGAAGUCCGAGAUCCCGAAUCCUGAAUGGAGGUUACUGCCUGCUAUUUUGGGAGUUUUGUAUUCUCUGGGGGUCUGUUUUGGUUUGGGUGGGCUGGGUAUACGGGGCAAGUUCAUUGGAUUGUGCCUACGCUUUCGGGGUUAUUGACUGGGUUUGGCCUGUGGCGUUGAAUUAUAUUAUACUGUUGAUGCUUAUCUUCUUUUUUCGAACCUUCACACGAUGGGAGUCUAUAAUAAUUGUUCAAAGUGCUGCAUCUGCUCUAGUAGCAAAUAGCAGCCUCCGCUCCUUGGCCGGCGCAGCCUCUCCUCUUCUCGCAACUUACAUGUUCGUUUCAAUGGACGUGAAUUGGGCCAGUACCCUCGGCUGUAUUGCUGCUCUCCUGAUCCCCCUUCCGAUCAUCUUCUACCUCUACGUCCCUCGAAUUCGAGCUAAGAGCACGUUCGCGACGGGUUAUAUGAUGACGAUGCAGGCGCAUACAUUGGAUGAGCGGAUUGAAUGA